CAUUGUUCCGGGAUUUUAAAUAUAAGGGAGCCGUUUGUUGACAUUGGGGAAGACGUUACUUCGGAGUUCGGAAAGUUUGUACGCACAAGGUGAACCUGUGGGUUUCAGAAUGUGUUUUCGUUGCAAUGUAUGGAUUGAUUUUCAGCUAAUGACGCUCCCGCGAUAUCGUAAACAUGGCACACGUCCAUUAUGAACUUUGAAACUGACAUAUCAAAUCAAGAUAAACUUCUGGGUUUGAUAAAUUUUCAAACGAACAUGGAAAGCACAAAGAAGCCUGAUUCAAACAUAAACAUUGAAUCUCUAAAAAGAACUCCUGGGAGACUAUCUUUAAAACGUUCAACUACAGUCAGUCCUAAAACUCCAAAGAGAAAUAGACUGUUAGCUGAAAAAUCAAAAUGCGGCAGUCCAAAUGGAACAAAACCAAAGUUAGAUUUAAUUGAAACAGAUGAUUCUUUAGUUAAUUUAAAACCUUUAGGCUUUGAUUCUAAGCUAACCGAAUGGAUGGAAUCAAUAAAAACAAAUCCAUUGCUAUCAAAUUCGUCAGGGCAUUCCAAAGAAGAGCUACAAUCACAUAAAAUGAAAUUACAUGAGAUUCAGGCCGACAUAAGCGAUAAAUUUUUCACGGCUUUAAAUAACAUUCCCGAACAAAUAUUGACGAAAUUUCCCGGCUAUGAUCCGCGGGUAUAUCAGCAGUUGAAAAUCUUAAAUCAAAACUUAAAAGCAAGAAUCCGACAGACUAGCAGGAAGAUGUUAAAGAUCUACGAGGAGCAAUCAAACGUCGAAAAAAGUCAAAAUACAAGCAUAUCUGCCGAUGCUAUAAGCAUAAAUUCUUCAAAGCAGUCAUUUGACGACGUCAAACUCGACAACAACGACGAAGUUUUGGAGGACGAUUUAAAAAAAUCCACGGCAAUUCCCGAUCUUGUUAAGGACGUGAGCAAUAAUGACUUGCGCAAAUCAAAGCUAUUCUCGUUUCCAAAAAUUUCAACCGGAAGCGCAGAAGAUCCUACCAUUGUUGCCCAGAAAAAGAAGAGUACUUUCCAACUUAAAAAACCAAUGUCAAAAGGCGCGGUACCUCCAGUGGUGAACGUUUCGAAAAAACUGUUAAUGGAGAGGAAUAAUGAUAAAACAAGGAUGUCGGUAAAUAAAAUCGGAACACUUGCGACUUCCACGGUAACAUCCAAUGUAGAAAAUACGGAAGCCGGUUGCGUGAUUAAUAAUGUGAAGCAGAUAAAGCACUGCGCGGCUGUUAGAACCGAAGAUAUUAUAAAAGUCGAUCCCAACGAUUUCCUGACCAAGUUGGCAGAUUCCGAAGGUGAUUUUGAAGUUGGUUUCGAUAAUGAUGAUUUACAAAAUCGCCUAGAAGAUAGCAAUGAGAACGAGCUAAUGAAACUACUGGAAGAAAGUCCUGAUACAGAAGAACUGCUAAAAACAUUACCGGACGUAUCAGAGCUUACGAAACCGCCGGUCAGCGAAGAGUUCAAUUACAAUUCAUCGGUCGUAAAGUUCAUUGGAGAUGUGAAAAACGACGGCAUAAGUGGCGAGUUUAACAAUCUGAAUUUCCCUCAUUCUCAAGAAAUGUUGCAUGUUUUCAAAACACGAUUCGGUCUUCACCAGUUCAGACCCAACCAGUUACCAGCGAUAAAUGCCGUGAUCCUGGGCCACGACUGCUUCGUGCUUAUGCCAACCGGAGGUGGGAAGUCGCUGUGCUAUCAGCUUCCAGCUCUUCUUGCGCCAGGGGUGACCAUCGUUAUUUCGCCCCUGAGGAGUCUCAUCGUCGAUCAGACUCAAAAAUUGCUGUCUUUAGACAUAUCAGCGCUGUAUCUUACUGGUGACCUUAGCAACGAGCAGAUGAACGGAGUGUAUCGUAAGUUGUAUAACACAGAGUCAAACCUGAAACUGCUCUAUGUCACUCCUGAGAAGAUAUCCAAGUCGACCAAAUUCUGUGAUAGUCUGUUGAGGCUUUACCGUGACGGUAAACUCGCCCGAUUCGUGAUCGAUGAGGUGCAUUGCGUGAGUCAAUGGGGCCAUGACUUUAGGCCGGAUUAUAAGAAAUUAAGUAUGCUGAGAGAACGAUUUCCUGGGGUGCCGAUUAUCGCCCUUACUGCUACGGCUACGCAGAGGGUCCGCAGCGAUAUUCUGCACCAGCUGCAUCUUCAGUCACCUAAGUGGUUUAUAUCAAGCUUUAAUCGGCCAAACCUUCGCUAUACAGUUACAUUGAGAAAGUCGAAAUAUCCAUAUCAGCUGGUUCUAGAUUUAAUUAAGACCAAAUUUCCAAAUGACUGCGGUAUUAUUUACUGCUUCUCGAGAAACGAUUGCGAUAAUCUCGCUGAAGCUCUGAAAAAAGAAGGGAUCCAGGCGCUGAGUUAUCAUGCUGGACUUGACGACAAAGUGCGGACCGACAGACAGAUUCAGUGGGUUUCCGAGAAGGUAAAGGUGAUCUGUGCGACGAUAGCUUUCGGGAUGGGCAUCGACAAACCAAACGUGCGCUACGUAAUCCAUGCAACAAUGCCCAAGUCGAUCGAGGGCUACUACCAGGAAAGCGGCAGAGCUGGUCGCGAUGGCGAACCCGCCGAUUGCAUUCUACUUUACAACUAUAGCGACAUGCACCGAUACCGCACCAUGAUGGAGAGCAACGAGUACGCAAACAAGGAAGCUCUCAAGACCCAUCUUGAUAAUCUCUUUAAGAUUGUUCAUUUUUGCGAAAACAUGGCCGACUGUAGGCGGGCACUACAGCUUAAUUAUUUCGGAGAGAUGUUUGAUCGCCAGCUUUGCAUUGCUAAUAUGGAGACUACUUGCGAUAAUUGCCUAAUCUACGACCAGUUCUUUAAUUUAGACGUGACAAAAGAUGCAAAAGCACUUGUAAGAUUAAUUCAGGAGUUGCAUCGAGUAAAGCAAAACAAUGUUACGGCGCUGCAAGUGGUCGACAUUUAUAAAGGUUCCAAUGUCUCUGACAUAAGUUACAAAUUAGGAAAUACUUAUCAUGAGUGGUAUGGUCUUGGUCAUUCACUGACGAAAUACGAAAUCGAGAGGAUCCUGCACAAUUUGGUAAUCCAAGGUUUUUUAUGUGAGAAUUUGGAACCAAAUCACGGCAUAGUCUGUGCCUACCUUGCUCCAGGAUUGCGUGCCAAAGAGAUUCUAUCGCAAAAUAACAUUAAGCUGUACCUGCAAAAGAAGAAACCUCCAGAGAAAAUACAACCGAAAAAGACUUCAACGACGAGUCAGAUGUCGGCUGUCAUUAAUGUUGAGCUAAAGGAUCUGGAACAGCGUUGCUACAAUGAGCUCCUUGAGAUUGUGAACGGCAUCGCGGGUGCCCUUGACGUCUCGGCCAACUCGAUCAUGAACGUCGUUGCACUCCGUGUAAUGAGCCAACAACUGCCAUGCGAUAGAGAGGCUAUGCUCAAGAUUCCUCACGUUACUGAGGCCAACUUUGAAAAGUACGGCAAGGCGCUACUCGACGUUACCCAAAAGUAUGCCCAGGAGAAAAAAGAAUUGCUUAUAGAAGAAGAGCUUAACAAUCCUGUGAUUUCCGAUAACGAAGAUGACUACGAAAGAAUGAAUUUUAAAACUGGAUCAAUUGGUCAGAGUAAUAAGCGAACCAAAAGUCGUGGUUACAGACAAAAUAAAAGGUUUAAGAAUAAUUUUAGAAAAAACGCUACCUCGGCCACUACCAAAGCUCCUAUAACAAGCAACAGUACAAAUAUCUCUUCAUUUAUAAAAAUCGAAAAUAGAGCUAAUAAUAAGACGUGGAAUAGUAAGUCAAAUAGUACUUCAAAAAAGAAGUCUACUAAUACUAAUAAAGGAAACAAAGGUCAAAAUAACUCGUCAUCCAAUAGCAAUAAAGGUCCAGGGUUAUGCGAAUUCACUAAAAAACGUUAGUAUUUUUGUAUAGGAUUGUGAGCAUUAAUAUUAUUCUAAUAUUCAGCUCAUGUAUGAACGUUAUAGGUAUAAGUAAACAAUACUUAUAAAUAUAAUUACUGUUUUAAAUGUUAUGUUUUGUAAUGUUUUAAUUUAUAUAAAGAAAGUUGUUCUCACAAUGUUCUAGUAACAAAAAAGUCCAAGUUAAUACAUUAGUUUUUUUUUUUUUAAUUUUAUAUCGGUAGUAUUGAAUUUGUAUAAAGUGUAGCUACAUGUGAUAUGGAGAAAUUCAUAAUAAUAAUUAAAAAAUGAAACGUA